UGUACCCGCUAGUUGGCUCUUUGAUAGGCGCAAGGUGAACAAGCCAGUAUGGCGGAGGAGGAAAGUGAUUUGGAAACAGACAGACUAGAAUUGAAACUGGAGACUUUGUACAUAUACUCUAACGACAACUGUUCAGUACAAAGCAAAGAAUAUUGCUCUGAGUUUUGUAAGCUGGUGGAGGAGCAUACAGAGAGAUGGCAGGUGCCGCUGCCCCAGCUGAAGGUUCUGCGGACAGCUCUUACCUGCUUCACCAGAGCCACUGCUGCCUACCCCGAUGACUGUCAGCAUGUCAGUUAUGCUCUCAGCAGUCUGGCCUUGAGCUUCUUCGAGCUGAUGCUGUUCUUCGGUAAAGAGGAGUGCCAGGAGGCCCCCUUGAAGGACAUACUAGCCUCUUUUCAGGCCUGCCACCGCCGCCUGCUGAGACACAGGAACGUCUACCUGCUACAGGUGAGGCAGGUGAUCAAAGAUGGCGGCCCCUGGGAGAGACCCACUCUGCAGGCCAUCCUGAAAGACACAGUCCUCACACAGACAGAAGUGGAGAAGUAUCUGAGCUCGGAGAAGCCAGUGUUCUUUGAGCUGCGUGUGCGAUACCUGCAGGCCUGUGAGCGCGUGCAGGAGGCCAUGGCCCUGGCUAAGAGUUGUCUGGAGCACCCAGAGGUGGGGAGGCACCUGUUCUUCCACCAGGCCUACCUCACCUGCCUGUACAAGGCCUCGCUGCAUGAACACCUGCUCAAGGAGGUGGCUGAGAUAGAUGGCAGAGACGCAGUAGAGAUAAUCUGUAACGCAGAGAGCCAGGAGAAAGAAGAGCUGCUGCUGUCUCUUUGCAAAGCCUUCCUCAGUCAACAGCUCAACAACGGAGACAUGUACUACAUCUGGGAUCUGGUGUUCCUGUGGAGCAGACUGCACCUCAGGGCCCAUCCCGCUAAGCAGGGCUUCCUGUCUGAGUGUCACCAGCUGAUGCUCUCCGCCAUCAACGCCAGAGCCAUCUUCCCCUUCAUCAAAGUCAUCACAGCAGAGAUGGGUAGUGAGGGAGUGCCGCUGUGUGUGGAGCUGUGUACUGCAGCAUUGCAGACAGACCUCCAGUCUGACCCUGUGACGCGCAGCCUGUUGUGUAAGACCAUCGCCUUCCUGCUCCCCCGCGACCUGGAGGUGUGUCGCCUCUGUGCCCUGCUGGUGUUCUGUCUGGAGCGCAGUGUGGAGGCCUACAAGACCGUGUAUCUGCUCUACACACACCCAGACGAGGAGCCACACCCCCUCCACACUCCUGUCAAAACCAACAUACGCUUCUAUAUCUUACAGGUGCUGAAGGAAGGGCUGUUCUUUGACCCAGAGUUCUGGAACCUCCUGACCCUGAGAACCCACUGUCUGGAGCUUAUGACUGACAAAGCCAUGAGGGAGGCUCUCAAUGAGGUGAAGGAGGAAGAGGAUUUGGAGCAGGUAGAGGAGGAGUGGAUACCAAGUUACUGGAUGGAGGAGGAGACAUGCAGGAUACACACAGACACCUCCCACCUCCAACCACACACUAACACAGCACUGGAGAACUCUGAGACUGCAGGGCAGGAGCAUGAGGAGGGAGAGUAUGGGGAUGCUCCUGAGUCACAGACAGAAGACUUCCUAGUGAGGAGGAAGAGAAGGUGUAGGUCUGAUGUUGACUAUGCUGAUGACCCAGACAUUAAGUACUCCCUCAGACACAAUCCCAGUUCUGGAAGCUCCACCAAGCUACCGGCCAAUCGGCAGAGGGAAUACCUGGCCAGACACGUGAAGAACAAGAUCCUGAAGAGACGCGGCAAGAAACCAAGAUGGCUGCUCCUGGAGAUGACCAGACAGACAGAGAAUGUGUCCCCGGGGAGAAAAAGGGCGAGAGGGAAGGGAAGGGAGGGAAUGAGAGAGAGGGGUGAGGGUAAAAGAGAGAAAUGGGAAAGAGGAGAAUGUAAGAGUGAUAGAUGGGAGAGGGGAAAGGGGAGAAGAAAGCAAGGGGACGAGGGUAAAAAAGUGAGGAGGCAGGGAAGGGAAGGUAAGAGACCUUACCGCAGAACUAUACGUGGCAUGGAGCUGUCCUUCCCUGAAAAUGAAGUGCCUGUGGACCAGGAGGUGGUACAGAAUUGUAUAGAACCCAGUAUUAGUGUUGCACUGCAGCACAGUGACGCAGAGAACUAUGUCAACAUGGGACUGCCUAAUGGCCUACAUGGUGAGAGACCGUUUGAGUAUGAACCAGAGACAGAAAUAGAGCUUUCAGAAGUAGAGCCUUCAGACAUAAAUCCUUUAGACUUAAAACCUUCAGUAGUAGAGCUUUCUGUUGUAGAGCCUUCUGUUGCUGAGCCUUCAGAAGUGAAGGUUUUCGAAGGUCCCAGUGAGCAGACCGACCCAGAGCUGGAUGGCCCAGCCUUGGACAUGGAGGAGUGUCCACUAACACUGUUCCACAUCUAUGCCAAAUCCUCUAAAGGGACAGAUGCUAAGGAAUUACAGCCUUUGACGGAAGGUAGUGAUGUCACAGCGUUGGAGGCGGGACCGGACUCAAACACUCAGGGUGAAGACACAAAGCCAGGCAAGGCUCCUGUCCGCUCCAAACACCUGCGCUUCCACUGCAACCACUGCCAGAAGCUCUUCAAGGGAGGCAACGUGGUGAGACACACCCUGGCCCACCUGAAGCUGAGGAAGACUAGGCUCAGCUGUGUCUUCUGUGGCAAACACUUCCAACGGUACAACCGUGCCAAGGAACACGUUCUAGAGCACGUAGAGGAACUGAGAACCACCACGCUCAAUAGUAAGAUCAAACCUGCUGUCAAUGGAGAUGCAGAACUGUCGGAGAACGUUAAUCAAGCUUUGGAGAACGAGACUAAACCCACUGAGAAUGUGACAGAGCCCCCUGCUCCGAUGGAUCAGCCUCCCAAACCCAAACGUGUUAAAGCCAAGCCAGUGGUCAGCAAGCAGAGUAGAAUCAUUCAGAACCUGAGAAACCUGAUCAGAAAGACCCAGAAGUGGAAAACGAACACGGACAACCAGGUGUCAGUGGAAGUGAAGGAUGAACAGGUGACUGUGAAGGAUAAGGUGGUGAUUGUGAAAGAGGUGGUGCCUGGGGAGGAGACUGAGGGAGGAGAGAAGAAUGAGUGUGAAGGAGGAGAGCAGGAGGGGAAGCAGAAGCAGUACCACCUGUGUCCUGCGGAGGGCUGUGACAGCAUCUUUAUGAAGAUAGGCCCAUCGCUGCUGAGACACGCAGUCAGCUACCACAUGGAGGAUGCAGCUGUCCUGGAGAAGACCUUCCAGUGGGGGAAGGGGAAGUGCCAGAUCUGCCAGAGGCACCUGCUGGUGUUCGAGCACUACAGAGACCACAUGAAGCUCCACGAUGCUCCUCUGAAACAGGCGUGCCUCCACAUGAGCUGUGGCCAGUGCUUCAAGACCUCCCAGGAGCUCAAAGACCACAUGGACACCCACCGGCCACUCCGUGCCCCCUGUGGGUACUCCGGCUGUAGGGAAAUCUUCUUUACCCUCCCCUCUCUCCACGGCCACGAGUGGAGACACUACACCCAGCCCCAGUCUAAAGAUGAGCUGGAGCAGGGCGCUACCAAAGAGCUGAGCCCUGAGGGCGAGGCCUCCUGGAAACAGAGGGUGAAGAGCCAUAAUGUGACAGUGCACGGGUGGAGGGAAACGCCUAUUCCCAAAUCCAGGCGCUCUGAUCCUCACAUGAAGUGCAUUUACUGUAACAGGUACCUGUGGAACUACCAGCACUUCCUAGACCACAUGAAGAUCCAUGAUGAUCCUCUAAAACAAGUGUGUCUCCAUCAGAACUGUGGCCGGCGCUUUUCCAGAACCCACCUGCUCUGGGAGCACAUGGAGACCCACCGGCCUCUCCAGGCCCUCUGUGGGUACUCCGGCUGUAGGCUGAUCUUCUCACGCCUCCCCUCUCUCCAUGACCACGAGUGGAGGCACUACACUCAGGGCCAGCCUAAAGAUGAGUCGACAGAGGAGCAGAGCGCUACCAAAGAGGGGCAGACUCUGGAAUCAAACCUCAACAGUAAAAACAAUGACGGCCCUGUGGAGACUCCAGGCACUGGUGCUGGUACCAGACCUCCCAGUGACUGCACACACAAACUAAUCAACGGCCAUGAUGGAGAGGACAAGAAAGACCAAGCCCCUGAGACAUAUGUCCCUGCCACCACUACUAUCUUCCCCACACAACCCCAUCCCAGUCUCGUCCAAAACCUCACUGAGCCAACGACCAUGAGGGAUGUGGACAAUAUUGUCACUUUGGCUCAGAUGAUGCCUUGCGGAGAGGAACCAGUUAUUGCGGAACAUAAGACCUUCAAACCAGAGGAUCCUUCCUACUUACCCCUGGCCAAAGCCCCCCUCAUCCGCCCGCCCCCCUCUACAUACCUGACCGAGGCAGCCCUCAGCAUGCGCAAGCGCAGGAAACCCAACGAGGUCACUUCCUGUGGGGCUGGCAAGAAGAAUAAGGCUACAGUAAAGAGGCGUGUGGUGGGGAAGAAGAAUGCGGUGCAGAAGGAGGUGGCGGCUGAGAAGGAGGUAGAGGAUGAUGGCCCCCCUCAAAGACAGCGCUGCUCCAAGUGUUUCUCCUCUUUCCCUAGUCCAGAGGAACUGAAGAGACACCUCUCCCAAAACACCUGCUCCUCCCUCUUCAACUUUGACUCUGAUGAUGACAGUUAGUGGUAAAGAGGAAUGGGCUUCAUGAUGUUCAGAAAAAUGUUUUGUUGGUGUUCGAGCACUACAGAGACCACACGACACUCCAGGACGCUCCUCUCAGAAAACAGGUGGAGACACUUGUCUAUCUGUACUCUCUGAACUGGGUCUAACACAGGCACUGUUAGCACCCAGUCGGCUCUGAGAGCUGUAGGGCCAGUGUCAUGGCACACUAUAAUACGGGCAGCCGGUCACUAAAAAUACAACACAACUCUGGAGUAAGUGUUAUUACCACAAUACACUAUACAUCGGUCUAGACCGAACAGUAUCUGGAGUAAGUGUUAUUACCACAAUACACUGUACAUCGGUCUAGACCGAACAGUAUCUGGAGUAAGUGUUAUUACCACAAUACACUGUACAUCGGUCUAGACCGAACAGUAUCUGGAGUAAGUGUUAUUACCACAAUACACUGUACAUCGGUCUAGACCGAACAGUAUCUGGAGUAAGUGUUAUUACCACAAUACACUGUACAUCGGUCUAGACCGAACAGUAUCUGGAGUAAGUGUUAUUACCACAAUACACUGUACAUCGGUCUAGACCGAACAGUAUCUGGAGUAAGUGUUAUUACCACAAUACACUGUACAUAGGUCUAGACCGAACAGUAUCUGGAGUAAGUGUUAUUACCACAAUACACUAUACAUAGGUCUAGACCGAACAGUAUCUGGAGUAAGUGUUAUUACCACAAUACACUAUACAUAGGUCUAGACCGAACAGUAUCUGGAGUAAGUGUUAUUACCACAAUACACUAUACAUAGGUCUAGACCGAACAGUAUCUGGAGUAAGUGUUAUUACCACAAUACACUGUACAUCGGUCUAGACCGAACAGUAUCUGGAGUAAGUGUUAUUACCACAAUACACUGUACAUCGGUCUAGACCGAACAGUAUCUGGAGUAAGUGUUAUUACCACAAUACACUAUACAUAGGUCUAGACCGAACAGUAUCUGGAGUAAGUGUUAUUACCACAAUACACUGUACAUCGGUCUAGACCGAACAGUAUCUGGAGUAAGUGUUAUUACCACAAUACACUGUACAUAGGUCUAGACCGAACAGUAUCUGGAGUAAGUGUUAUUACCACAAUACACUGUACAUCGGUCUAGACCGAACAGUAUCUGGAGUAAGUGUUAUUACCACAAUACACUGUACAUCGGUCUAGACCGAACAGUAUCUGGAGUGAGUGUUAUUACCACAAUACACUGUACAUCGGUCUAGACCGAACAGUAUCUGGAGUAAGUGUUAUUACCACAAUACACUGUACAUCGGUCUAGACCGAACAGUAUCUGGAGUAAGUGUUAUUACCACAAUACACUGUACAUCGGUCUAGACCGAACAGUAUCUGGAGUAAGUGUUAUUACCACAAUACACUGUACAUCGGUCUAGACCGAACAGUAUUGCAUUUCAGUCAUUGACCCCACUUUGUUUCAACAAGUCUUAUUUGCUUUAAAAUCAUAGUAUGAAGAUUCACACUAGGUUACUAAUAGUGUUUCAAAAGUACUUCUAAUUAUCUUCUGUUUAGCAUACAUUUUUGUUCAGUAUUUUAACAGACUUUUUCUAAUGACAAAAGAGAUGGUUUCACAAUGUAUUAGAAAUUGGUAAUCUAUGCAUUUGAUGACAAAUAUUUUGUAAAAGAGCAUCAAAAUGAAUUUGAGAAUAAAAAUCACUGAAGAACCCAUAAUGUGAUAAACGAUGUGCACUUAACUGCAUUCGUCGUUUAUUUAUAUGUACGAAUGUUGAUAUAUUUAUUAGGUUUGUACUUAAUGUAAAUAUCCUUCUCAAUUCAACUCUAUUUUUCUUAAAGAAAAAUGUAUGACUUGUUUUCAAUAAACAAUUUACAGUAUGA